ACCUAACUGCUGUGCUGUAAUGUAAGUAGAACCUGUUCGUCAAAGGAGCAUCCAAAUGUGCAUCUAUCCAACCUUUUAUGUGUAAUGUAAGUAGAACCUCCACUUACACUAACAGGGGUCAUGAUGCAUAGACCCAUCACCCAGUUCACAUAUCCAACCUUUUCUAUUGUAAGAUUUAUUGUCGUAAAAUUGGUAAAAUUUUGGCUGUAAAAUAGAUGAUGCAAUAUGAUUUGUAUCCUUCACCUUUCAAGUUGUAUAUAUUCGGUAGCUAGAUGGAACAUAAAUGUACAAGAGGUGCAUCGAAUACUGUUUGGAGCCUCGCAGAGUCAAAUCAGAUGGGUUUGGCUGAGCUCAUACUGUCGGCUCCGGAGUGAGUGUGCGUGAUUCUUCUCGGUUCAUAACUACUUCUUGUUAGGUUUUCCUAGCCUGGACCCUGGAAUGAUGGCUCUAGUUUCUAUAUGACAAAACAAGUUUUUAGAUAGUCUUAAACAAUCUCCUUGUUACCAGUGGUCCUAAUGAGUUCUCAAUUCCAGUGUCAUUCAAGAAGUUUCUGUUAGGCAACCUUACCAAAUUGUUUAGAUCUGCUUUCAUGGGAAACAUUGUUAACACUGUUAAGAGGUUCUCAAGCAAUGAUGCUACUGCUAUUCCGGUCCAGAGGUGUUCCAACUUGUCAAUUGGGACAUCAAGAUUAGACAAAUGCACUUGCAUUGGUAAUGGUAUUUCAAUGACAGUGGAAACUGCAUUAGCUUCAAAGGGAGGCAGUAUUAAUGGUUGCAAGGAUUUCUGGGAGGUUGCUAAUGAGGAAAUGCACAUGACUCCAGGCAGCACUUCAAUAAAAGGAUGUCUUGGUGAUAUUGAUUUGCUUACUCCACCCAUGGUUCAUACAAGACCAUCUGGGAGUGAUGAGGGCAAUAAUGAGAGAGAAACUCCAAAUGGAACUGCUCACAAUGAUGCAAGAGAACUUGGGUGUGUUGAUCAUUCUGAAAAUUCUGGUUUGAUUUACAGCCAGAGUGCUGGUCAUAUGUUUCACAACUUGGAAGGUGGAAGUACUGGAACUCCCAGAAGCUUAAUGCUUGAUAUUUCUAAAGAGUCUUUGAGUAAAGUAUCUCUUGAAGGCAACUCUUUUAGAAACCCUAAGCUAGCAGAUGCUGUGGAAAGUAGUCCGGCCGCAGAUGCACGUAAGGGCAAAGACUUACUUUACAGGGUUUCUCCUGCGGAUGGUUUGUUUGAUAGCACUGUUUGUGAAGAAUUAGCUGAUGGGGCUCUUGAUUCAUGUUAUAAAUGCAAUGCUGAGGUUUCAUUAGAUGGGCAAAGUCAUGAACAAAGCAAACAGCACAAAUCAGUGAAUUAUGAUGUGGUACCAAUUGAAGUAAUAGCACCUUGUGCUAAUUUAGACGUCAGUAACCCUAAGUCUUCAUUGAAGGGACGAGCAAAACGGAAAAGAAUUGCUAAAGUGUCAAGUCAGAUGUUGGUACCAAAGGAAAAUACUGGAAUUUUAGUUCCUUCGGAUCAGAUUUGUGUGGAAACUCCUACAAGUGAAUUGGUGGAGAGAAGUUCUGGAGAUGAAAUUUUGCAGGGUACUCCUAGAUCAAGAAUGACUAAAACUCCACUUUCAUAUGUGCACCACUCUCCACUUACUCGCAGGAAGUCAAAGGCAUUGUCUGUUGCCACUUCUCAAUGUGUCAAAAUGAAACGAUCUAAGGUGCAUCGGUCUCCACUUACUCGCAGUAAGUCGAAGUCAUUGUCUAUUGCCACUCCUGAAUCUGUCAAAAUUAAACAAUCCAGAUCAGGUCGGCUGAUAGUUCCACGACUGGAUCCAGGAUCCCAAAACAUUACCUAUGGCCCGGAUGGUUGUAUUUGUGGGAUAACCAACUUGGAAGCAUCAUUUCCUCAGGCAGGGAUCAGUUCAGAGCCUCCUUCUAAGAGGAGAAUGUCUCAGCGUUUGUCACCAGAUCUCUAUAGACUGCUCACAUUUUAGUGAUGUUUUGAUGAAAUGUUGCUGCUAGCAUGUUGUAGCUUGCCGGUCUCUUGUAACUAUGGAACCACCCCUGAGGUGGAUUGCGUGUUUGUCAUGUUGACCGGCUUCUCUCUAGUCUCACUGCUCGUUGUAUCUAUAACCUGCUGUAAGGCUUAGGUGCCCAUUGACAUGAAUAUUUGUAGGGUUCUAGUAUGCAUUAUCAGUUUUUUUACUGUUUCUGAA